ACACUGUACUUGAAGGACUACAACUUUCGGUAAAUUUGGAGAAACUAACCAUCAGGUGGUAUGGCGGAACCAGUUUUCCGAAGUGGGUGGGAGACUCUUCCUUCUCCAAGUUACAAGUGAUGCGUCUCAGCAACUGUAGUAAUUGCAGUUCAUUGCCACCAGUUGGUCAGCUUCCUGCUCUCAAAGAGCUCUACGUAGAAAGCAUGAAACUUGUUACGAGUGUUGGUGAUGAAUUCUACGGGGGAUAUCAACCGUUUCAAUCUUUAGAGAGGCUAGAGUUUUGGGAUAUGCCAGCGUGGGAGGAAUGGCUGCCUAGUCCAAGUGUAGAUGAAAGUCCAGACUUUCCUCGUCUCAAGGAGCUGAUGUUACGUAGGUGUCCGAAGCUGAGAGGAAACUUGCCCACUUGUCUUCCUUUGUUGAAAAAACUUACGGUAUAUGGAUGUGAGGUUCUACAUGAAAACAGGGCCAGUAAUGCCCUGAACACGGAAUCCUUACGACGAUCUCUUGAAGAACUGACAAUAAACGGAUGUCCCAGUCUGUCAUUGUUACUAGAGUCGAGGGAGACGCUGCCGUCGCUUCAGAUGCUUUAUAUUUAUUUUCUUGGUGGGACAGAGUGGUUGCCGCAAAUGGUGCACAACACUAAUCGUCUUCAACAUUUGACUCUUUCAUUUUGUUCCUCACUCUUGUCGUUCCCUACAAAUGGUCUGCCCACCACGCUGAAGUCACUUGAAAUACAAGAUUGCAAGAAAUUAGAAUUCCUGUCACGUGAGAUGAUGGCCAAACUGACUUCCCUCAAGUCUUUGCAUUUAUUGGAUUGCUGUGAUUCUCUGAGGUCGUUCCCUUUGGGCAUCUUCCCCAAACUUUCGACUCUUGGUAUCUAUGGUUGCCAGAAUCUGGAGUCCCUUUAUGUUGAAGGAAGAGCAGUUGAAAAUCUCAGCCAUCUCAACUACCUGUCUCUCCGGAGAUGUCCAAACCUGGUCUCUUUUCCCGACGGAGGAUUGCCCACUCCCAACCUGACUUCCUUUUCAGUCUGGGGAUGCAAGAGUAUGAAGUUGUUGCCAGACCAAAUGCACACCCUCACCGCCCUUCAACAUUUGUGGUUACAAAAUCUUCCAAAUCUGGAGUCACUUGCACAAGGGGGUAUGCCUCCCAACCUACAAGCAUUUUGGAUCGAAAAUUGUGAGAGACUGAGGCCUUCAGAGGAGUGGGGAUUGCAAAUACUUGGCUCUCUUCGAGAAUUUGUAAUCAUCGGAAACAAGGACCUGCUGGAGACGUUGCUCAAGGAACAUCUGCUCCCUGCCACUCUUCUCAAUCUCAAAAUCUCUCAACUUUCAAAUCUGAAAUCGUUGGACGGGCAGGGACUUGAGCACCUCACUUCUCUUCAACAGCUAGAAAUUUCAUGGUGCCAGAGUCUCGAAUUCCUGCCAAAAGAGGGUUUUCCGGCGUCUCUUUCUUGGCUGAGUAUCGAGAAUUGUCCUUCUCUGAAGAGGAGUUAUCGGAACAAGAAGGGAAAAGAUUGGAGAAACAUAUCUCGCAUUCCUUGCAUAAAGAUAGAUGAUGAAGUCACCAUCCUAUGAGCUUUCUCUUCACCUCUCCAACUCUCAACUCUCAACUCUCAAGACGAAGCCAGGAGAAUGCGAGGAGACUGACUUCUUUGUAUUCAGAUACUGUGGAACUACUUGGGGUGGAUGUACAUGAUUCUCCUGCACGAGAGGAGGUAAACCCUGAGUGAUGGUUUUUCAUAAUUCUCCCUUUUGCGCACAGCAGUUGGAUAGUGCCUCAUGGCAGUGCUUGCUUGAAUGCCAGUACGUACAUUGUGGUAACUAGAUAAGGAGGCCGGUUGUUGUGCUAUGGAUUUCACUGGUUGAACAUUGCAGACGGAUGUAAAUUACUAAACCUGUAAAGAUAGGAUUAUCAGAUGGAGCUCUGGUUUACUGGACUAUCAAGUUUGAAAUCUUUGGAUGGAAAUGGACGUUCAAACCUCCUGGACUCUCAACUCUAUUAAGAGAGCACCGCUUAUUGGCACUGCAUGCUAGAAUGCCAGUAUUACUAGACUCGGUGGCUGGCUGCUGCGCCUACAGAUUUCACUGAAGCAUUCCGAAAGGUUUAUGAGUGGAAGUUCAUGAACUGUCUUGAGCUAUGGACUAGAGCUGUCUCUCCCUAUGGCACAGAACCUGAGUUUAGGCCUGUUGCGUAUCCUCUGGCUCAAAUAAUUUAUGGGGUACUUUCACUCCGGUUUCUAUGCUGCUUUUGGACAUGCUUGAGAUUAAACAGUUGAACAGAUCCACCACUGGCGGUGUUGGCAAGGCUAUUGAUUUGCGCACUGUACUGAAGGUUAGCAAGCCAACCCUGAAGACCAGAGCAUUUCAGGAAGCGUGUGUGUUAUCUGUUGUAGACGAGCUUGCUGAACAUUUAGCUCAGUCGAGCUUUUCUGUUGCUUUCCCCGAGUUGUCUUUUAUUCCAGUAACUGUACGAUUGAGUACCUUCUGCAAAUCCACCAAGGUUGAGAGGUUUCGGAAAGCAAUGAAGGAGCUCAUUCGUCAGAUCGAGGCUAAUUGUCAGUUUACAAAUGAAAGGCGUAUGUCAAUUUCUUUUCUCCCAAAUGAUCCUGCAGCUGCGUAUUUCCUUGAGGAUGAGAAGAAGUCAGGGGUUAGCCCUCUGUUGAAGCACGUUGCAACUCUACGUGAAGUAGCACAACAAAAAAAUGCUUUGUUGUCGGAAUCCAGUGUUCUUGUGGGCGAGCAUUCAUCUGUCUUUGGAAGUAAAGGACGAGAAAGCGAGGAAGAAGAUGACACCAGGGACGACGAAGGCAUUGCUGCCUUUAGUUCGUCCUGGUUACCAGGAAAGGAUUCCAAAGCUGAACCACCCAAAGAUGUGAAAAGGAAGAAAAGCAAGCGAAAGACUGAGUGCCAGGACCAAGUAGCCAUGGAUGAAGAUAUUGUUCAGGAGUUGGUACUCAGCUCUGACGAAGAAGACGGGUCUUUAGCGGACACCUCUUCAGCUGACGAAGAUGGAGUGGAGAAACCAGCUCCUUCGAAGCAGGAAAGCAAGAAGCCGAAACGCUCUACUAGUAAAUAAAAAAAGAAUGCAAAACCUCAAGCAAAAAGAUCAAGGAAGAGAAAGACGGCUGACCGAAGAGACCCAAGUUUCUCGUGCGCCCGUCCGAUAGUCUCCAUUGUUUUGUCAAAGCUGUUUUGUUGUACGUACUUGGAAGUUAUGCAUGAAGUUCCUGUUUGAUUAAUGUGAAGAGAUUAAUUUGAAUUUUUUUUUUUCCCUCUUGUAAAAGUAUAAUUUCAAGUAAGCAUAAUGCUAAAUAGAUCAAAUUUGUAUAAUAAAUUUACAAACUGUUAUCAAUGAGAUAUAAGCAUGUUAAUUUAAAGCGGGACCCACAAAGUUUAUAAAUACA